AUGUCUUUGGCUGACAAGAGGCUUGAAAACCUACAGAUCUAUAAAGUUCUCCAGUGUGUGCGGCAGAAGGAUAAGAAGCAAAUCGAAAAGCUUACCAAACUUGGAUACCCUGAACUUAUUAAUUUCACCGAGCCCCUCAAUGGAGACAGUGCCCUUCACCUGGCCUGUGUCGCUAAUGAUGUUGACAUGUGCAACUUUCUCUUGGAAAUUGGGGCUCACCCAGAUGUCCAGGAUCGGAUGGGGCGCACUCCUGUGAUGAAAGCUGCGGAGCUUGGCCAUGACCUGGCCUUGGAUGUCUUGGUCCAGGCCGAGGCAGAUAUGUCAAUAGUUGAUGCAGAAGGCAAAGGUGUGCUUUUCUACUGCAUCCUGCCCACCAAACGGCACUUCCGCUGUGUUCAGAUCGUCCUUGAAUUUGGAGCUGAUGUUAACAAUUGUACUAUUGAGGGGAAACAUGUUUUCGUACAAGCUUGUGAGCAAGCACACGAGAUCAAAGAGAUAUGCAUGAAAUUUUUGGAGAGAGGAGCAAACCCAAACGCCAUGAACCUAGCGACAGGCCGCACUGCCUUGAUGGAAGCAGCUCGGGAAGGAGUCUUGGAAGUGGUCCAUGGUAUCCUUGAGAGAGGUGGAGAUGUUAACGUGUUUGACAAUGAAAGACACCACGCUGCACAUUUUGCUGCCAAAGGAGGGUUUUUUGAGAUCCUGAAGCUCAUUUCUGCCUACAAUGGAGACGUGGGCCUGAUAGCCAUGAAUGGAAAUACGCCUCUCCACUAUGCAGCUGCCGGGGGCUUUACUGAAUGUUGCAAGUUUAUUGGUCAAAGAGGCUGUGAUCCUACAUGGAGGAAUCUAGAGAAAAAGACGCCCAGACAGGUGGCUAAAGAUGGUGGAUUCAAAGCAGCAGUCAAGGAGAUCCGAAAAAUCGAGCGGCGCUUUGCCAAAUUUUCCAAGCCCAAGCCUGGGGUGAAGAACCCCAACCCACCGUGGGCCGUGAGAUUGCAUGACUGGUCUGUUGAAAACCAGGCAAGCCUCCGUGAGGCCUUUGAGAUAGCGGAUCGGGGCGAUGGGACCGUGAGCAAAGAAGAUUUCAUCUCGAUCAUCGAGGAAAGGUGCCCGUUUGUGGACCUGGAGCAAAUACAGACAAUUGCUCAGGCGCACGAAAGAACACGUGCAGGGGGGGUUAACACGGAAGAAUUCUUGAAGGGCAUUCGGUAUUUGCAGAAGCCCUUCCUCCUUUCCUCCUACGGCCCCAAGAAGAAGAAGGGCAAGAAGGGGAAAGGCAAGAAAGGCAAAUUUGUCAUCCCGUUACCAAUCUGUGUCAUCCCCGAGAGCUCGUACCCACGCCGGCCCGAUGGAGGGCCGCCGGAGUACCUGAUCGAAACCUAUCAGAAUGUGACCGACUGCAGCCGCUUCAAUCGGGACCACCCUCCAGAGCAUCCCAUACAGGACGACUCCUGGUGGUACAUUGACGAGCCCCUGAAGAGCUUCUCCCACAUCAACUACCUCACCAAAGAGGGAGACCUCUCAUCCCUGAAGAAAGCCUUUGAGUCCGGGGUGCCCGUGGAUAUAAGAGACCAUUUCUACAAAACGCCCCUGAUGGCUGCCUGCGCAAGCGGGCACAUGGAAGCCGUGCAGUUCCUCCUGGAAAAGGGGGCUAAUGUGAACGCCAAAGACAAUUUCAUGUGGACACCUCUCCACCACGCGUGCCAUGCGGGACAGCAGGAUAUCGCUGAACUGCUCAUUAAAGCAGGAGCAACAAUGGAUGCCGUUUCAAUUAACGAUGGUACCCCAUUAAUGAGAGGUGUGGAGAGCAGUCGGCUGGACACCGUGCAGUAUUUAGUCAACAGUGGUGCUAAAGUUCAGAUGGUAAACAGAAGAGGGCAAAAUGCAUUGGAAAUUGCUAAGGCGUAUGCUGACAACCGGUUGAUCCACUUCCUUCAGGACACGCUGGACCGUUUGCCCAAGCCACCGGAAAGCAAAGGAGACAAGCAGAAAGGGAAAAAGGGGGGCAAGCCGAAGGCACCGGCACCAGCAGCAGCUCCCCCCAAAGGGAAGGCUGCAGAGCCUGGCUCGAAAGAGUCUGUCAAAGAACUGAUUCCACAGCCACCUGAACCAGUCAUUGAGAAAUCACUCUUUGAGGAGAAAAAAGAAUCCAUCCGGGAUAAUGUUGUCCAUCUGAAUUCACUGAUAACCAGAGGCGCAACAAGGAAGCUUAAUAUCACCUUCACGCCACAGAGAAUAUGGAGCCCGGAAGCGACAACUAAAGAUCUUCUAAGAAAGAGGGAGUUGCGUCGGCAACGUUUUACUUACGAGGUGGAUUUUGAAGACUUCAUGAUGCCAUUCAAGAGGAACUUUAUGGAGAAAGCCCGCGCACUGCAACAGGCCGCUGCCUUGCAUUAA